AUGGAUAAUAGAGCAGAGCUGGAGACUUGGCGUCUCGACACCGAACGCAUCAGCAGUGUGCGAGUCAAUAUUGAAAAUGUUUCAAGAACAUAUCUAGUAAUGGUGCUGUUAACUUGCCUCCGAACUGAUGUUGCCAUGAUGCCCGUUGAGUCCCCAAGGACGACUCAUGCGCGGGGUUUGGACAGGCUGAGCCCUGGCUCCGAAUCAGUCGUGCACCCUGUGACGAGAUGCCAUGGCCUGGAGGCCAAAUACACAGGCCGCCCAAGCAAUUGGGUUAGGUCUAUUGCUGGCUAUUUGCCCAGCUCGUACUCAACCCCAGCCCGAGGAGCGCGCCACGUUUUGUAG